CCCAGCGACGGCCGUAAGUGGCGGGCGGAAGCGGCCCUAGAAGCCCGCCGUAAACGGCUCCCUCGCGCCACUUCCGGCCGGCUUCUGCAGACGGCGCUGGUGGUCGAUCGUGUGGCGCCGGAGGACGUUCCCCGCGGCCGGAGCCAUGGAGAUGCCGCUGCCCCCAGAUGACCAGGAGCUUCGAAAUGUCAUCGACAAGCUCGCCCAGUUCGUGGCUCGCAAUGGGCCCGAGUUUGAGAAGAUGACUAUGGAGAAGCAGAAAGACAACCCCAAAUUCUCGUUUCUGUUCGGAGGCGAAUUCUACAGUUACUACAAGUGCAAGCUGGCGCUGGAGCAGCAGCAGCUCAUCUGCAAGCAGCAGACCCCAGAGCUGGAGCCAGCUGCCGCCAUGCCGCCCCUGCCACAGCCCCCGCUGGCCCCUGCCGCGCCCAUCCCGCCGGCCCAGGGCGCACCGUCCAUGGACGAGCUCAUCCAGCAGAGCCAGUGGAACCUCCAGCAGCAGGAGCAGCACUUGCUGGCGCUCAGACAGGAGCAAGUGACAGCAGCUGUGGCCCACGCGGUGGAACAGCAGAUGCAGAAGCUUCUGGAGGAGACCCAACUAGACAUGAACGAGUUUGACAACCUGCUGCAGCCCAUCAUCGACACGUGCACCAAGGACGCCAUCUCGGCCGGGAAGAACUGGAUGUUCAGCAAUGCCAAGUCCCCACCGCACUGUGAGCUGAUGGCCGGCCACCUCCGGAACCGCAUCACGGCUGACGGGGCACACUUUGAGCUGCGGCUGCACCUCAUCUACCUGAUCAACGACGUGCUGCACCACUGGGCCCUGACGCGCGGAAAGUCUCUCCCUCACAGCCAGCGCAAGCAGGCCCGGGAGCUGCUGGCCGCCCUGCAGAAAGUCGUGGUGCCCAUCUACUGCACCAGCUUCCUGGCCGUGGAGGAAGAUAAGCAGCAGAAGAUCGCCCGGCUCCUGCAGCUCUGGGAGAAAAACGGCUACUUCGAUGACUCCAUCAUUCAGCAGCUACAGAGCCCGGCCCUGGGGCUUGGUCAGUACCAGGCCACCCUCAUCAACGAGUACUCCUCGGUGGUCCAGCCGGUGCAGCUGGCCUUCCAGCAGCAGAUCCAGACCCUCAAGACGCAGCACGAGGAGUUCGUCACCAGCCUGGCCCAGCAGCAGCAGCAGCAGCAACAGCAGCAGCAGCAGCUCCAGAUGCCGCAGAUGGAGGCUGAAGUCAAGGCCACGCCUCCACCGCCUGCCCCGCCCCCGGCCCCAGCACCUGCCCCUGCCAUCCCGCCCACCACCCAGCCCGAUGACAGCAAGCCUCCCAUCCAGAUGCCCGGCUCUUCAGAGUACGAAGCCCCAGGAGGGGUCCAGGAUCCCGCAGCCGCUGGCCCCCGGGGCCCUGGGCCGCACGACCAGAUCCCACCGAACAAGCCCCCUUGGUUUGACCAGCCUCACCCCGUGGCUCCUUGGGGCCAGCAGCAGCCGCCAGAGCAGCCGCCCUACCCGCACCACCAGGGCGGCCCACCCCACUGCCCCCCCUGGAACAACAGCCACGAAGGCAUGUGGGGCGAGCAGCGUGGUGACCCUGGUUGGAACGGCCAGCGCGACGCGCCCUGGAACAACCAGCCUGACCCGGCCUGGAACAGCCAGUUCGAGGGCCCCUGGAACAGCCAGCACGAGCAGCCGCCCUGGGGCGGGGGCCAGCGCGAGCCGCCCUUCCGCAUGCAGCGGCCCCCACACUUCCGGGGGCCCUUCCCGCCCCACCAGCAGCACCCGCAGUUCAACCAGCCUCCACACCCCCACAACUUCAACCGCUUCCCGCCCCGCUUCAUGCAGGACGACUUCCCACCACGGCACCCCUUCGAGCGGCCGCCCUAUCCCCACCGCUUCGACUACCCCCAGGGGGACUUCCCUGCCGAAAUGGGCCCCCCUCACCACCACCCUGGCCAUCGCAUGCCUCAUCCUGGUAUCAACGAGCACCCGCCCUGGGCUGGACCCCAGCACCCCGACUUCGGCCCUCCCCCCCACGGCUUCAACGGGCAGCCCCCACACAUGCGGCGACAGGGCCCGCCCCACAUCAACCACGAUGACCCCAGCCUGGUCCCCAACGUGCCCUAUUUCGAUCUCCCUGCCGGGCUGAUGGCCCCCCUCGUGAAGCUGGAAGAUCACGAGUACAAGCCUUUGGACCCUAAAGACAUCCGCCUUCCACCCCCCAUGCCGCCCAGCGAGAGGCUGCUGGCUGCGGUGGAGGCCUUCUACAGCCCCCCAUCCCACGACAGACCCAGGAACAGUGAAGGCUGGGAGCAGAACGGCCUCUAUGAGUUCUUCCGAGCAAAAAUGCGGGCCCGGCGGAGGAAAGGCCAGGAGAAGAGGAACAGUGGACCCUCGAGGUCUCGGAGCAGAUCCAAGAGUCGAGGGCGUUCUUCCUCCCGCUCCAACUCAAGAUCCUCCAAGUCUUCAGGCUCGUACUCAAGGUCAAGGUCUCGCUCCUGCUCCCGCUCCUACUCCCGCUCCAGAUCCAGAAGUCGGAGCAGGUCACGCUCCUCCAGAAGCCGCUCCCGGUCCCAGUCACGGUCCCGGUCCAAGUCGUACUCCCCAGGAAGAAGACGCCGGUCACGGUCCAGGAGCCCCACCCCGCCUUCCUCUGCUGGUCUGGGUUCUAAUUCGGCACCUCCCAUCCCUGACUCAAGACUCGGAGAAGAGAACAAAGGCCAUCAGAUGCUGGUGAAGAUGGGCUGGAGUGGCUCUGGCGGCCUCGGCGCGAAGGAGCAAGGGAUCCAGGACCCCAUCAAGGGCGGGGAUGUCCGGGAUAAGUGGGACCAGUAUAAAGGCGUGGGCGUGGCCCUGGACGACCCCUACGAGAACUACCGCAGGAACAAGAGCUACUCCUUCAUUGCCCGCAUGAAGGCCAGGGACGAGUGUAAGUAGGCGCCCAUGCCGGGAAGCGCCGCGCCGGUGGCCAGCGGUGCCGGCCGUGGGACCUUCUGGCUGACUGGCAGUGGAAGAUCACGGUGACAGUUCAGUUCUCACACCGUCUCCACUUGUGGAGAGCCACAGGAAGAGAAGGAAGACCAGCGCAUGCCCAAUGGGAACACCAUGCUCCAUGGCGUGGAGGGCACGGGCGCCACCCACAGACCACACCAGGAGGCGCUACAGCCACCAGGGCCCCAGGCUCAUUUCCUUGUACAGUGAAGCAAGAAACACAAGACCCUCCGCCCCGAGUAAGAAUUCUUCACCCAUGAAGGGAUGGAUGUGCAUCUGCCCUACGUCAGAUUGAAGCCUCCUCUUAGGCUCCAGGAGGAGCAUGUGCGGGAGGGGUCGGCCUGGGCUGGGCCAGAGCCGGCGCCCCAGCUCCGUCCUCCAGCUCCCAGCGCCCACCAACCCUGACCCGGUUUCCCCUCGGCUGUGUAGGGACAAAGCUGAGGCCCAGUGCCAUGACUGCCCGCAGAUUGAAAAACAGAAACACAACGUUUUUGACUUGACUUGCAAAGUGAAGCAGGGUUUUCAUUUUUACUCCCCUUGGUUUAGUUUUAGAAAGAAUAUUGACCUGAGAGGGGGCCCAGUGAGAUUCUGAAACCCAAUUCUUCGAAGGCGUACUGGCCCUUAGUUCAGUUAUUUUAGUUGUUUAAGUUGAUAUUUUUUUUCUGGAAUGUAGCCAUUUGCUGUUAUCUGGGAAACAGAAGAUUCAACAGGAAACCAGCCUAAGACACUUCAGGUCGAGCGCUCCCUUGGAGUCCGUGCCCGUCGCAUCCCCUGCUUGAGUUUUGCACUUGGAAGAACCCUGCACCGGCUGGCGUGUGCUAUGGCCCCGUCCCAUCCAGAGCGUGGAGCCCGACCCCAGCCAGCACCUCCCGCUCCGUCAUUUCAUUUCACACCCGUGAAGGGAGGGGAGGCCAGGAGGGAGCUGCCCCUGUGGAAGCUGGUGGGCAACUGCUGGGAAUCGGCCACACGUGGUGUCCGUGGGCAGCCUGGCGCAAUGCCAUUCAUUUGUACAAAAACAUUUUUGAAAAAUUUUCAAUAAGAUGCGAAAUCCUCCAACUUUUCAACCCAACGUGAUGAAUAUUUGAUUUUGUUCUAGAUUUCCUGUAGCUGUGAAUUGUUAAAAUGUAUGAUUCAGGAUAAGACGUAAACACGUGCUGUUAGUAAUUUCUUGUGGAUUUCAUUGUUUUGCCUUCAAAUAAAGCCUUUUUUU